CCUUUUUCUAUUCUGUAUUGCACCGUGAGGGGCUCGUUACGACAGUUCGUGCGGACCUUUAACGCGUAUCUCACUACUCUGCCUACAACUAAACUUGGUACGAACGAGGGAACCCAAGAAAUUUUGUGAUUACAGUCCUCCACAGCAUUCUCUUCAAGUUUAUGACCAACCAACAUCUAUGAGGGGUUAGGUUUGUCUUGGUUAUGACUUCCGAAAAGGUCUUGAGGCGAAAAUUGUCAGUUUUUAUGCCUGGCAUCAACUGAUCUUGGCUGAUGGGAGAGGGUGGGCAAUCUUUCACUCUUCUCAGGUUCCUGUGCUCAUGGACAUCAUUGUGAUGUUACACAUGCACAUACCUAGAGUUCUUUGAAAAUAAUUUAUGACAGCUCAAUUAGAUUUCAGAGCAUUUAUACUUCGUGGCCAUGUGCUACACUUCUAUCGUUCAGCUCUGAAAACGGCUCGACGAGCCCCUGCUCAUGCUCGGGAGGAGCUGAGACAGACAAUCCGAGAAGAGAUGGAGAAGAACAAAUAUUGUGAAGACAAAUCAAAAAUUCGAUUCUUAUUAAGUGAAGGCUUACAAAGAUUGAAGGAGCUGAAUGAUAUGCUUGAUAUACAAGGUCAUGGGUAAUUUUUUGUAGUUCAAUACUAACUACAAUUGUGGUAGUAGGAAUCAUUUUGCAUCAAGCUUAAUUGUAUUGCUAGACAGAGAUACAUGGUCAGUGUCUCAAAUAAAUUGCAAAAGAGCUCCAGUCUUUUUAAUUCAGAAUGCAUGUAAUAGUUUGUUUCUUUAAUGACUGGUAAAUUCAUUGUAACAUUUCCUGUUGCAAUCAAAUAUUGCAUAUUGUCCA